AUGGCAAUUUACGGCGCCGUCCCUCCUCCCGAAGACAUCGACCAUCCGGUCGCAGCGAUCCCCGACGCCCCGCCGCAGUCCCAGACCCCGGUCGCCGCUCACGUCGCCGCCCAGAGCGCGACGACAGGCUCCAUUGAUAUUGAGGCGUGGACGGUUUCCGCCCUCGAAUCUCUGAGCGUUAGCCCCGUCGCCCGCGGCACCGGCACGCCGCUCGCCAUCAACCUCGACGAGCAGGUCAAGAAGGCCGCUGUUACGAUCGCCGCCGAAGCGCCACCCGCCCAGCAGGCCCCGAUCCGUCGGCCCCUGAGCCGGAGGGACAGCCAGAAGAAGAGAGAUCAGCUGCUGAAGGGCAACGAGGGCAGCCGGCAGCGCCGCCGAUGGGAAAAUGAUCGUCUCGUCGGCGUACCAAACGCCCAGCCUCCCCUACCCAGCGACUGGGAAAUCCAUCCCACCUACCCUGUUCAGGUCGUCCCCUACCAGGUCGCCCAGUUCUGGGAUACAGGGCUCCGGCAACGCAUCGAAGACAAGACGUCGAAGCUGCAGGCCCAGCGCAAGAAGCAGCAGCGCAAGAACGGCUCCGCCACGGGCCUCGAGGUUGGCGAAGUGCCCCGCGACCUGCGCGACACGGCCAAGCGCACGCCUGCCGUCCGCGGUUGGGUCCGCGUCCUCGAGGAGCCCGUCCGGAACUUCCUGAAGGAGCGUAUUGAGGAGAGCGAUGCCGAGGGCGAUAGCGAGGACGAGGAGAUUGUGUUUGUCGGGCGCAAGGGCAUGGCGGCCGCCGGCAAGGGGUGGAAGAAGGCGAGGAGGGAGGUGGGCAGCGAGAAGGUCGACACUGGCAUGGUGUUCGACUCGCUCGGCGGGGACGACGAGAGUGCCUCCUUCAAGCGGUGGUUGACGCACUCCAUCUCGGACUACUACGGCCUCCAGUCCCACUCCGUCACUACGGGCGAACCCGCGCGCAAGGUCGUCUACGUGACGGUGCGCGACCCGAGCAAGCGCUCAGGCCCCAAGAAGCAUGCAGCCUUACCCCGGCCGUUGUGGGAGAUGUGCUGA